GUCGCUCGCUCCUCCACCUGCUGCUCAGGCCUCAUGGAUCUCACCGUUAACUCUGAACAGAAAAAGCUCACGCAGACUCCUCUGCUCAAGAUCUGGGUGCCAUGGAUGGGCUGCAACUUGAACCGCAGGAGAGGAUAUCAAGCUGCUGUUUGAGCAGACUUAAGUGUGUUUCAUAGUGAAUCCUCUGCUCCGUCGAGGCUGAGCUCGGUCCUCUCAGGGGGAUCCAGGUAGGCAGGCGGCAGUCUGAGAGACAGGGGAGUCAGCUAUGGAUGGCAUCCAGGCUAGACCAAGCCAGGGUCCAGUUGGCUCUCUGUUCGGUGUCUGACGUGGUCCUUUGAGCAUUUUGCUGAUGCAGCAUACUCCAUUCAUAAUCGAAGAGCCUGGAGGCUGACACUCUCCCCGUCCCUGUAUGGACACAAACAGCCCAUCCGAGCGUUUUAGUGGAGUACAGCUGACUAUUGAGCAAAUUACUGGUAUGCAACUGCAGGGUGAUGACUGGGGCCUUCUCCAGUCCUUCUCACUGGACGAGAUUUGCUGUGUGUAAGCUGAGCUGAUUUGUAACCGUCUGCAGGGAAGAGGCUCACAUCUCAGCCCGCUUGGACAUUAGGCGUGUUUUGAUCUUGUGACACAGUGCACAGGACACCGUGCUGCGCGCUGACUUUACGUGAGGAGGCUGGUAAAAGUUGGUCUUCUCUUCUUCAGCAGUGCAUUUCGCUAUAUGCAAUAUGAUUAUUAUUUGGUUUUGCUUCAAUUUCUUUAUGUGUCUGUUUAUUUGAUUUUGUUUGUGCUUGUCGGGACAGUUUUCUGUGUCGACGUGUGCUGCCAGAGACGGGCGGAUAAGCCGUGUGACUCUCUAAACUGGUUUGCUAGACUAGACAUUUGAUCUGCAUCUUGGAGCUCUUAUUCUCUCCGUCUUAAUGAAGAGCAGCUUGGCAGGGACACGCACACACAGCACCUGUCCUGCAGCACAGAGCCUCAGACGAGAGCCGAGACGAAUGCUCCUCUGCUGAAGGAUGAGUCGCAUUUUGCAGCACUUGCUUAAAGUUCAGCAUUAGCAGCGUUAGUAACUCUUUGUGUUUUGUCUUCAUCUCAGCCUCAGUGCCUCAGCUGUGUAACUCUCCCACGAUGAUUGUGAUGGUGGGAUUGCCAGCCAGAGGGAAGACGUACAUCUCCAAGAAGCUCACCCGCUACCUGAACUGGAUCGGAGUGCCUACAAAAAUGUUUAACGUGGGCCAGUACCGCAGGGAGGCCGUCAAGAUCUACAAGAACUUUGAGUUCUUCAAACCUGAUAAUGAAGAGGCCAUGAGGAUCCGCAAGGCCUGUGCAGCUGCUGCCCUCAAAGACGUCGCUGCCUACUUCUCAAAGGAACGGGGACAAGUAACCGUAUUUGAUGCUACCAACACCACCAGGGAGAGGAGGGCAAUCAUUAUUAGUUUUGCAAAGGAGAAUGGCUACAAAGUGUUCUUUGUGGAAUCGAUCUGUGAUGACGCUGAAAUCAUUGCAGAGAAUAUAAAGCAAGUAAAAUCUGGUAGUCCAGAUUACGUGGAUCGUGACAUAGAUGAGGCCAUGGAAGACUUCAUCCAGCGCAUCGAGUGUUACAGGGCCAGCUACAUGCCGAUAGACGAUGAGAAGGACAGGAAGCUCUCCUACAUUAAGAUCUUUGACGUGGGCAGUAGAUACCUGGUAAACCAGGUCCAGGACCACAUUCAAAGCAGGAUAGUCUACUAUCUCAUGAACAUCCACGUCACACCGCGAUCCAUCUACCUGAGCCGCCACGGAGAGAGUGAACUCAACCUGUUGGGUCGCAUUGGUGGGGAUUCAGGCCUGUCACCCAGAGGACAUAAGUAUGCCAACGCCUUGGCAGCCUUCAUCAGAGGACAGAAUAUCAAGGACCUGAAGGUGUGGACGAGCCACAUGAAAAGGACCAUCCAGACUGCAGAAGCUCUGGGAGUCCCGUACGAACAGUGGAAGGCCCUCAAUGAGAUAGAUGCUGGUGUAUGUGAGGAGCUCACCUAUGAGGAGAUUCAAGAUAAUUUCCCAGAAGAGUUUGCACUGAGAGACCAGGACAAGUAUCGCUACCGUUACCCCAAGGGUGAGUCCUAUGAGGACCUUGUCCACCGCCUGGAGCCGGUGAUCAUGGAGUUGGAAAGGCAGGAAAAUGUUCUGGUUAUCUGCCACCAAGCUGUAAUGCGCUGCCUGCUGGCCUACUUUCUAGACAAACCUGCAGAUGAGCUGCCUUAUCUCAGAUGCCCCCUUCACACCGUGCUCAAACUCACACCAGUAGCGUAUGGGUGUAAAGUCGAGCCUUUUUUCCUCAAUAUUGAAGCAGUCAACACACACAGAGAGAGGCCAGUGAAUGUGGACGUCAACAGAAACCCGGAGGAAGCUCUGCAGACUGUUCCCGACCACGUGUAAACGCUGUUCAGCGAGGACUGCAAUCAUGUGAAUCUGGACGUGUUGCUACUUAUUAGCUUCCCUUAAUAACAGAGAUGCACUCCAGUUGAGGGUUGGUUGUGUGAAAACAGAAGGCAGCUGGUGCAGGAGCUGCUGUCUUCAGCCUGUCUGCUGAAACGUCCUGUCUGGCUCCAGUUUUCUUUUCAAAGUGUCACUUUGUUUACAAUGAUUUAAAGGAGAAACAAGCAAAACAAUGCACUGAAGCCAGGAGGGAAACAUGUUUUAGGAUGUAGAGAUGUUGUCACUGUAACUUGGGCCUCCAUGCACGUUUGACUGUUGUACAGAUAACAUAUUGUGUUGUUGAUGAUGUGAUGACACAGUCAGCACCACGGACAGCAGCCAGACAAAGGCAGACGUUGUGCUGUGGAUGUGGCCGCUCACUUGUCACGUUUGUGAUGUGGACAAGGAGGCUGAUUACUCAGGCAGGCUCGAAUGAAAAGACGACACUGUGCAGAAAAUAAAUUCACGUUACAAGUCA